UUAUAGUUUAGGUUGCCUCCGAUGGGAUGUUUACCGAUCCAAAUGACCAUGAAAAUGAGAAACAUCAAGAGAUGUUGUGUGGAACAAGAGAACAAAGACUCGGUUUUGUACAAUCAGAAACUAGCAAAGAAACUGCCUGAGAUCGAAACGUCUCUACCAGGAAGCAAGUUCCUUUACGCCAACGUCUACGACCCUGUGAUGGACAUGAUCCAAAACCCUAGCAUAUACGGGUUCAAGGAGACGAAGAAAGGAUGUUGUGGAACAGGAUACAUGGAAUUGAGCUUCUUGUGCAAUUCAUUUUCACGUACUUGUCCCAAUCAUUCGGAUCAUUUGUUUUGGGACUCCAUCCAUCCCUCCGAGGCGGCUUACACAUACCUAGGGAACUUAAUAGAUGCUCAGAUUCAAGAGUGGCUUUGGGCUUAAAUCACUAUGAUUUACGAAAUUAAUCAACUAAACAAUGUAUUUUAGGUAAUGAACCACCAUACAAGUUUAUGGCCCUACCCCUAUGGAUCUAGCUAAUGGGUGCUUUAUAACGGACCAUUCUUAUAGUUUUUCUAUGUUACCCAAAUAUA